CGCCGUGUGAUGACAUCACAGUGUGCGCUCAGCCUCUUCCCUGCCCCGGUGUCUCAGCUGCAUGCAGCAGUCAGGAGGCCGCAGACGCUGCAGACAUGGGGAUCCUGGAGAAGAUCGCGGAGAUAGAGCGGGAGAUUGCCAGGACCCAGAAGAAUAAGGCUACUGAAUACCAUCUGGGACUACUGAAGGCAAAACUUGCCAAGUACAGAGCCCAGCUUCUAGAGCCAUCCAAAUCUGCUGCGGCCAAAGGAGAGGGAUUCGAUGUUAUGAAAUCUGGAGAUGCCCGGGUGGCACUGAUUGGUUUCCCCUCCGUGGGUAAGUCCACAUUCCUAAGCCUGAUGACGUCCACUGAAAGUGAAGCUGCAUCCUACGAGUUCACGACACUGACCUGUAUUCCGGGAGUCAUAGAGUACAAAGGAGCGAAUAUCCAGUUACUUGAUCUUCCAGGAAUCAUUGAAGGGGCAGCGCAGGGGAAGGGCAGAGGUCGCCAGGUUAUUGCUGUAGCUCGGACAUCUGACAUUGUCAUCAUGAUGCUGGAUGCCACGAAAGGUGAAGUGCAGAGAUCCCUGUUGGAGAAGGAGUUGGAGUCUGUGGGCAUUCGGCUGAACAAAUAUAAACCCAAUAUAUAUUUUAAGCCCAAGAAGGGAGGUGGAAUCUCAUUCAACUCUACUGUACCCCUGACUCAGUGCUCCGAGAAACUGGUGCAACUAAUUCUACAUGAAUACAAAAUGUUUAACGCAGAGGUGCUGUUCCGGGAGGAUUGCACGCCCGAUGACUUCAUUGAUGUUAUUGUUGGAAACAGAGUGUACAUGCCUUGUCUCUAUGUGUACAACAAAAUAGAUCAGAUCUCCAUGGAGGAAGUGGACAGACUGGCCAAGCAGCCGCACAGUGUGGUGAUCAGUUGUGGGAUGAAGCUAAACCUGGAUUACUUACUGGAAAAGUUAUGGGAAUAUCUAGCACUUACCUGUAUCUACACUAAAAAGCGAGGAGAGAGACCGGAUUUUUCCGACGCAAUUAUUCUUAGGAGAGGAGCUUCUGUGGAACAUGUGUGUCAUCGAAUUCACAGGACCCUUGCCAGCCAGUUUAAAUAUGCUUUGGUUUGGGGAACCAGCACUAAAUAUAGCCCUCAGAGAGUAGGACUCACUCACAACAUGGAGCACGAAGACGUUAUCCAGAUAGUCAAGAAAUAAUAUGGACGGCCGUCUGUCGCAACUGACCAAUGGAAGCUAUUUACUGCAGACUUAACACCUUCUGGCAAAAACAUAUAAAUACAUGAUCAAAAUUCUGUUAGUACUGCCGGCUUGAAGGACUGUGGGAAAGCAAAGUACAUCGGGUGUCACAAAAUAUCUUACCCUGCACUAGCAGAGCUGCAGUAUACACCUAGUCCCCUUCUGUGUACUUACGAAAUAAUGCCAUUACCUGAACAGCGCAAACACUGCUAACGUGACUGAUUGGAUUACAUCAAUAAACAUACGCAUCUGUGCCUUGGUAACGAUGUCAGAUGUGUGGUUUAUGAAUUUGGUAAUGUUCAUUUAAAGUGCUAAUUACAUCCAAAUAAAACUUUUAAAUAUUUUGUAUAAAGUAAAGGCGAAACAAACAA